CCUCGCGCUGGAUCGCCGAGUCACCAUGAAGGUUGCCUUCACUCCUGUCCUUGUUAUGGGUCUCUGCAUUACAGCCUCUUGCCUCGUCACGGAAAAUGUCUUCAUCAGUAGCCAUUUGCAUUGGCAGGAGGCCUUGAGCUACUGCCAAAAUCACUACAGUGACCUAUCGUAUGUUAGGAGCGAUGCUGAAGUGACUGAGCUUUUAAAUGCAAUGGACACUAAUCAGAUGAGCUGGAUUGGUCUGAGUCGGCAUGACUCAUCGUGGAAAUGGACAAAUGGUGAUCCAUUAACUUAUCAUAAUUGGGCACCAGGUCAGCCUCAUAAUGAUCACGACAUCAACUGUGCAUCAACUGCAUCCGGCCUGUGGUACGCUAAUGAUUGUAAUGCAAAGCAUGCGUUUUACUGUGCUCGGAACGUGCAAGAGAUGGUCGUGGUGGAGAACCCCAUGGUGUGGGAGGAAGCUCUGGUAUACUGCAGGAAUCACUACCAGGACCUGGUGAGCCUGGCGUUGAAGACAGAGCUGAUACUGGCCCUGCAGAAAGCAAAAAAUUUUCAGGGGACACAUUUCUGGACGGGCCUCCGCUUCCUGGAUGACAGCUGGCUGUGGGUCGAUGGAGAGAAGCUGAGGAACGGAAGCUGGUCUGCAGAUCCGCUCCCCAAGUGUCCGGCGGAGCCUUUCCGCUGUGGGGCCCUGAGCACCUUCACUAACUCUCAGGAAGUCCGGUCCUGUGAGGAGCAGCUGAGCUACAUCUGCUAUGCCGAGUGAUCCUGCUCCAGGGGAGGAGAAAUGUUUCACCUGAUAGAUGUCAUUUCAUUCUGAUGCUCUUCUUCAGUAACUUGGACAUGAGUGAAGUGUAAAGCUAUGGAAUUGGAUAUUUUUUUAGCCUAACUGAGGUUAGAUACUGAGAUGAAUAGGGUCGUACACAAAGGUGCGUAAUCAUUGGUUUGGGCAGGGGAGCAUCCCGAUGUUCAUGGUUUUGUGUUCUCCUGCAGUU